UGACGACUGAUCGCUCGGCAUAUUCUUGCCAAUCUUGUCGUUGAUCUCUACUUUUGAGCCCAAAAGCGACCGCCGAGAGGGAAAAUGUCCUUCCAACACUUUCGCGUGGCAGCAUCAUUGCCCCCUCAUCUGAAUGCCACCAUCCCUAACAACCAGACUUUCGCAACGAAUCAUGUUCCAGUCGACCUCACGCCAUCCAAAAAACGACCCUAUGGCGCUGGAGACUCAGAUGACGGCUACACUCUCUGCUUCGCGAACUUGGAGGAGUUUGAUAAAUGGAGAGAAGAAGAGGAAAUUCAGAAAUCGGUCGAAUUCGUGAAGGGGGAUACACAUGGAAGUAAAGCCGACCCGCCGCGAUUCAAAGAUCAUACAAAACUAGUCUGUGCUCGGCACUCUCGCAGUGGACGUAAGAAGUAUGUCAAGAAGUACCCUGAACGAGUCCGCAAGGUCCCUAGUCGCAAGAUUGAAGGUGACGGAUGCAACGCAUCAAUCAGUUACAAGACCUAUUUCGACACCGAGGAAGUGAGAGUGUGCUAUGUAGACCAGCAUUCUCACGAGAUCGGAUUGGCCAACCUACCUUUCACCCGUCGCGGGCGCAAAGCGACUGUGGAACAAGAGAAGGAGAAGUCGCGCAGUAAUCGCAAGAAAGCUGGUGCUGAAGGGGGUGAAGGGGGAUCUCAAGACGGCGGGGGCCCAGUUGCCAGUGGCUCAGGAGGCAAUCCCGAGCAGUUCACCAAUACCAUCUCCAUGAUCGCACCGCUACCGCCACAGCACGCAAGUUUCCAGCCGCAACCACAACCGCCUCCCCCUGCUGUUCAGUCUGCAAGUGUUCCCCAUUACCCCCAGUUCCAUCACGCACCGCCGCCACCGCCGCAGCCGAUUGCUCCUACAGCCUCUGCCGACCGAUGGGACAAUAUGUCGACGCUCUUCGAAUCUAUCCGAGUCCAUGCGCGCAGCUAUGAUUAUCCCGCGCCGAGUGUUGCUGCUCUGGAGGCGGUGCUGAUCAGACUUUACCUCGAAUCGCCUGUCACCAGUCAGGCAAUCGUGAUGCACAAUCCCAAUAUCCAGCCCAAUCUCGGCGAAGCUGCGUCCGGAUAAUACUCAUGGACUGCUUGAUUCUUUACUGUAAAUUUUUCGUGUACUUACUUGCAUCUUGUACUUCUUGUUCGCUCUGAUUACCGGCCCGGCACCUGAUGACAUCAUCAUAGUUCCCUUGGACAAGUCUAUCACCAUGUCCGCUAUUUCCUUCGCAAAGAAUGCCUUCAAAACGGAGAAGCCGCAUUCCUCGGUCACCGAUUGGGUCGAUAUCCUCACCGCAGACUCGGUGGCAGAUGAGGCAUAUGACGGAAUUCCUGAACUCGUCGAUUCGAUAAGCUUGCAAGGCGGAGGACCUGCGGAGGCAUCUCGAGCUAUUCGGAAGAAGCUCAAACAUGGCCGCCCCCAUCAGCAGUACCGUGCUCUCGUUAUCUUGAAGGCACUGGUCGAAAAUGGCGGGCACAAGUUUCAAACUACGUUUGCGGAUGGGCAGCUGACUGAUGCCUUGAAACACCUUGGGAACGACGCGUACACGGACAAGAAAGUGAAGAAGAAGUUGCUGUUGGUGCUGGCAUCGUGGCAGGAGCAGUUUAAAUCAGAGCCCUCGAUGGCCGGUGUGGCAGGGCUCUACAAGCAAGUGCGACAUGAGCGGAGCGAAAGGGCUGCGUCGAUGGACACGAUGGGAUUGCCGGACGGUGAAGCUUUGGAUCGUGAGGCGCGACGCAAAGCAAAGUUGGAGCGCGAGCAAGCCAAGCUGGACCGUGAGCAAGCGAAGGAGAAGCAAAGACAGGAAGAGGCCGAGAAGCGCAUGAAGGAGGCCGAGGAACGCCGCAAGGAGAAGGAGAGAAAGAACCGGCCCAAGCGGGCACCUUUCGACUUUGAGAAGGAAAAACCGAAAGUGUUGCAUAGCAUCGUUGAAGCGUCACAAGCAUCGAGUAAUCUUGUCAACGCCAUCACACUCGUCAAUCAAGAAAAGGAGAGUUUACCGGAUAAUGCUCGAGUUCAAGAAUGCUUGUCGCAAGCGAAACUGGUUCGCAAAAGUAUCAUCAGAUACAUCCAGCUGGUCGAAAACGAGGAGUUUAUCGGCACCUUGAUUGAGACGAACGACAGGAUCAUCCAAGCUUUGGAGAUGUAUGACAAAUUAUCUGUGCCUCAGGCUCCAGAAGAAGCCGAUGCUUCAGCUGAGAUCACGUCCGGACUAGCGACUGCGCAGAUCAAUUCGUCUGAGACCGAGCUGAAUAAACUGCAAGGCAAGCAGCGGGCCGCCAUUGAACGGGCGAAGCAAAACUCGUUCCGGGGCCAGGACACCAAUGUUCAUCCAGAUCUGCAUGACCUCAGUUUUGGUCCGCUUGGGUCUUCCUCUCAGAACCUACCGACGCCGCUGCGGCCAUCGACGCUUUCCGACGAUGGGGAAGACGCCAAUCCUGCUUAUGACCGGGGUUCGCUUUCUGAUUUCAGCGACUACCAGUCUUCAGACGAAGACUCGCAUCAAGCUGGCCCGUCUCGGGAAUACCGGAACUACGUGACCGUCUCUGUAGACGAUCUCAAUUCCACGCGCCACGCGAACGAGGAUCCAUUCGCAGAUCCAUUCGCGGAUUGA